UCUUCUGGUCACCAAGAAGCAAUGUUUGCAUUCCGGUCGCGUUGCGCGUCCCGCGUAACGAAUUCUCGAUUUUUCUCGACUUCGACGCGCCUUCGCUCACCUGAAGAUCCACCAAAACCACCCCGCCCCAUCGAUGACUCGACCUCUGCGCUGGACUACAAAAGAGCACAGCGGACACGUCCACCACCUCUUCCUGCUACAGACCUUCCAAGAUCUCAAAGUGCAGAAGAGGCUGUGACGAACAUCCUCUAUAACACCCCUCCUCCAAGUCUGCAGCCUUUUAAAAAACAUAUUUUUAAUUGCUUGGUACAAAACGAACCUGGUGUGUUAUCCCGCGUGUCUGGUAUCCUUGCUGCACGCGGGUUCAACAUCGACUCUCUGGUCGUGUGUCGGACUGAAAUUCGGGAUUUGAGUCGGAUGUCCAUCGUCCUUAGCGGACAGGAUGGUGUUGUGGAGCAGGCAAGGAGACAGCUAGAGGACCUCGUGCCUGUAUGGGCUGUUCUCGACUAUACGAAUACUCGUGUUAUUACACGUGAAUUGCUCCUCGUAAAAGUGUCCAUCCUUGGUCCCGAGUACUUGGAGGAUCAACUCGUAGGUGGACCCUCGCAUGAACCGAGGCGGGGUCCCCACCCACCUCAUCGGGAGACCAAACUUGAAAAGGAAACGACGCUCGCUCACAAUUUCGAGCGUGGUGCCCACCCUAACUCUCACACAGAGCCAUACAAUCCACCCCCAUUAACGCCCUCCGAGGCCCUACGCAUCAAACACCAGCACCUCCAAUCUAUCUCCGUCUUAUCCAACCAAUUCGGAGCAAAGAUCGUCGAUGUGAGCGAGAAUAGCGUCAUCGUCGAGCUCACGGCAAAAACAAACCGCGUCGUCGCGUUUUUGAGUUUGCUCAAACCUUUUGGAAUUUUGGAAUCAGCUCGGACUGGUCUUAUGGCGAUGCCGCGGACACCCAUCACGCAUUCCUCGGAUAAGUCUGAUGAUAUGGCGGAUGAGAUUGGUGUUGUGGACGCUAGUUUGCUCCCCCCUGGUUAGGUUGGUCAGUCGAAGCGUCUGAUAUAUGUAUUGAUUAAGAUAUGUCAUACCAACAAUUCUAUAUAGCGAGGAAUUUAGAGAAUUCAUAUCUGCGGUGAUCUUGUUGUUCUCUGUGGAAUGAUAUUAUGAACUAGCAACUGACGUCCAAGGUCAAUGAUACGUACGCCGGUACGUGUACGUUCGGGGUAUUCACACCCAUGAGCAUACGUUGAUAGAGUGAGUCGAUCAACGCGACAACCAUUGAUGGCGUUGAUCUGGGGUUUUGUAAGCCCCCAUCGUAC